AUGCCUCGGCACGAAUCAUCAUCGUUGAGUGCUGUCCAUAGUGGUAAUGGCAGCAAUGGUGGUCAGACGGCAGAAACUGGACAGACGGUAGAAGCGGUAGUGAGAGCGCCCGUAAAAGAAGGGGGUGUCUCUCUACAGUAUCCGCUCUUAACUAAGACAAAUUAUGCGGUUUGGGAAAUCAAGAUGCAAGUAUAUAUGCAAGCUCAAGGUGUUUGGGAUGUCGUUGAGUCGGAAGAUCCAAUUGAUCCUCGUUCAGACCGGAUUGCAUUGGCGGCAAUCUUUCAAGGGAUCACCGAAGAUACCCUAUUACAGUUGGGGGUAAAGAAAUCAGCUAAGGAGGCAUGGGAUGCUCUCAAGGUUAUGAACCUCGGUGCAGAAAGGGUCAAAGAAGUACGAGCACAAGCUCUUAGAUGGGAGCUCGAAAGCAUGAGAAUGGAAAAUGGUGAGUCUGUCGAUGAUUUCACAGGAAAAAUCUCAACUGUUGUCAACAAGCUCCGAGCACUUGGAGAAGUGGUUAAUGAAACUUAUGUAGUAAAGAAAAUGUUGCGAUCAGUGUCCCCUAAGUAUCUUCAGAUUGCCUCAACCAUAGAAGAAUUCGGGAAUCUGUCUGUAAAGAAGAUUGAAGAAGUAACCGGUUCUCUCAAAGCUCACGAGGAGAGGUUGCGGAGCUACGACUCCAGAAUAGAUGAACACGUGCUACUUACUAAAGGAGAGUGGAAAGCACGAGCUGAGUCCUCAAAAACUAAUGAGAAGCGUCCCCAGGACAUGAGUAGAGGUCGAGGACGCGGAAGUGGGCGUGGUAGAGGACGCAGCAGAGGUAGAGGAGGUGGUCGUGGCAGGGGUCGUGGCCCUCCUGGAACAGGCCGAGAUCAGGAUGAUGAAGGACAACACCGUCAGAAGUUCGAUGCAAUGAAUAUGGCCAUUGUCAAUCUGAUUGCAAAGCUGAAAGAAAGGAAAAAAAUGAGGCACAUUUAG